AUGGCACUCUCAAUCUCCUCGCUUCUCCUACUCCUCUACGUAUCCUGCGAGACAGUCCGGGCAAACUAUGCCUAUCAUGCAUUCCACACCUACCCGCAGAUCUCAGCCGCUCUUCUCACGCUCUUUUCCGAGGCAUUGAAGUUACUGAUUGCGACCGUCUUCCUACUUCGUGCGAAUGAUGGAUUUUCAAUCACGGGCCUUGUGAAAAUCUUCCAGAGUCUGCAGAAUCGUGACAGUUCCGAGUACAAGCGGAUCUUGAAGUAUGCGCUGCCAGCGGGGUUGUACUUGACGAAUAACCUGAUUUACUAUACGGUUCUGCCAAAGACAUCACCGAAUCUGCUACAAGUUUGCAUACUGGCGAAACUUCCUACGACGGGUAUCCUCCAUCACUAUAUGAUCAAACCGCAACGCAACGUCUUUGCCUGGGUAUCGCUCGGGUUUCUCUGCGUUGGCUUGGUAGUCUUCAACAUCCCAUCGUCCUCAAGUGCUCCCGCGGUCGAAGGAGCAGGCGCAUGGUUCCUCGCACCAGUCGCUGGCUUCGUAAUCGCAUGUCUGUCUGCGCUCGCAAGCAUCGCUACCGAAACAUCGACGAAGACAGGAGAGUUCUGGGAAUCGCAGGCAUAUCUGUAUAUCUGGGGAAUGCUAUUCGCGUUGAUAGCAUACCCGCUCGCGCCCUCGCCGUCCCUCCCGCCGAAUGCCACGACGCCAGAGUUCUUCGAUAUCGCGAUCGCGGUCCUUAUCCUCACUAUCAUAACGUCGGGUACGGGGCUAGUCGUUGCAGUUGUGCUGCGAGCGAGGGAUAAUAUACUGAAGUUGAUUGGGACGGCUGCGAGUUUGGUUACAAUUGCUGUUAGUCAGUUUGUUCUGCUGCCGCAAUUGAGGGCUUCGACCUUCACAACUUGGAGGGUUGCGGGUGGUGGGAUUGUGAGUGUGGCUACGUGGUGUUAUAAUUUCUAUAGCCAGCAGCCGUGGAGGGAGGAACAGGAGAGUAAUGGUGAAGCUGAAGAGGGAUUGUUGGAGAUGGAGGAAAAAUUUGAGGGGAACGUAACUCCUGCCGCUGAAAAGGGUUGGUUUAAUGGCGACUUGUUAACCCCAAGCGCGGAUAAGAUUAUUUGCUGUGGGAUUUUGGUUGGGUUUUUCACGUUGGAAGUUGCGCUAAGAACGCCAUCAUGA